AUGUCUACCGAUGACCCCUUCUCGUUUCUGCCUGAGCAGCCCAAACCCACCAAAAAGCCCCAUUGGAAGAGUAAGCUAUUCUCCAAGGAUAAGAGCAAAGCUGCUGCGCAGCAACAUCAAGAAAUCGCCGACUUCCUAAGUUCCUCCCGCGCCCCGGACUCAACUUCAGCCUCCCCGCCCGUCGACCCGAGAUACAUUCCUCCGCAUCACAUUGCCCCUCACCGCAUUCCUCCUUCGCAAAACCCCUCAGGUUUCCCUCCAUCCAAGCCAGCGCCUGCGCCAGCCCCAGCGCAGUCUCGUGAAAAUUAUGCGUUCGGUUCUUCGGAUCAUGAACAAGCCCCUGCACUCCGCGCCACUGCCAAGCCCCAUGGUCGCAAAGGCAAGGGGCUGCAAGUGGGAUUCAGCAACCGAAGACCAGAAGUGAUUGGAGAAGGAGGCGAUGAAACAGAGUCACCUACGAUUGAGAUCUCACGGGCCCGCGAAAGAUCUUUGAGCAGGGGUACUCAGCCUGACAAUAUUGCCGAGGGCCUCUCGGACGCUUCUCGAUCAAACCUCCCGAAUCUCCGACUGGACACAUCGUUGGGCGAUGGCGAUGCGCGAUCCCGGCAAGCUAACUUAUCACCGCGACGUGAUAGAUCGGAGUGGAAACCGCCGCUGAUGCAAAAUCCACAAGAUGCGGACUUCUUGAGAACGUUGCCGUUGAGCGAUAAUGGCUCUCGAUUGUCAUUCCGUGGGGGUGGCGAAACAAGCUCCUUCGCAGAACGUGUCCGCGACAGAAUGCAAGCCGAGGAAGGUCGCGCACUGCACCAUCACUAUGAGGAAGAUACAUCAUCUCCGGGAGCCGACGACGAUGACCUUCCAACUCCCCCUAGCCCUCCCAGCCCUGAACUGCCCUUGAAAUCUUAUAACGAUUCCGAGUCGGCGUACGAAACAGCCCCAAACUCCGUGGUCUCUCAUGCGCCGUCGGUUCCUUUGUCGAUGAGCUCGAUCGUUGAAUCAAUUCGGAACCCCCAAAGCCCUGUCAGAAACCGCGCACCACCGAGUCUCAGUCCCAUUGACUCCCGAAUGCCGACGAAUUGGGCACCAGCCAGCCCCGGCAAGGCUUCACCUUCACCAACGCAGGCUCAACCUCCAUUCCAAGAUCUGCCUACAUCGAAAUCGGCGUCACCACCCAGUGGCGAAAGCCGCGAUGCACCCCGCAGCUCACAACCUAAGUUCUCCCUUCGAAAUGUUGCGACCCAAGUUGGUGAUACCGCAUUUGCGGAAUUUAAGGAGUACAACGCACGAUAUAGGAGUCAUAUCCAACAUGCUGCAGAGGGUGUCAAGCCAUCAGAAGAAACAUCACUUGCAGAAUGGGUUCGGGCUGCGGUGUGGUGGUUUUUGCGAGGAAAGACACGAUUGGAAGCAUAUGCUCGUUCCCGUUCAACAUCCCCGCCUACUCACGCUACGCAAGCCGUCGUUGAUCUUGGCAAGGCAUUGUGGAUCAAUGAAAAUAUUGUCCCCAGCCAUCGUGAGCUCUCUCGAUACGGCAGGUUGAGUGUUGAUGCCCUACUUGCCGUCACGAGCACAACUGGCGACAAGGAGCUGGCUGAUCUCCUGAGUAUACACCACACUCUCACCAAUCAUCUCAGGUCGCUCUCUAUGUCAAUCAAACGAAAUAACAUUCUAUCAUUGGUUGUCUCUGAUAAAGGCUCUCCCACCCAGUUGGAUACUAGCAUUUGGCUGCGUUACCCUUCCUAUGCGCCCGACGUAUCAGCAGUCCUGUCUGGCGCAGCAACAAGAUCGAUGCUUGUUGACGCCGUGGGCAGAAUACCGAGCUUGGUGCACAUGAUGCCUUUGGCUGAUACGAGUCGAUACUUCAGCUACGGUAGUAUGUUCGUACAGGUCUGCGUGAGCUCGAGUGAUGAUGAUGGACAGCAGCAAUAUGCCAUGCCCUGUGCAUUGACGAUAGUCCGUGAACGGGCGGAUUGGUAUGUCUUUGCCGCAAUCACCAGUCAAAGUCAACUUGUCAACAUCUUAGUCCAGUCCGAUCGCAAGCAGGGUCCGACUUGGGAGGAUGUGGAUUGGCAAGUCCGGACGCAUUCCAUGCGAGUCAAGCUUCCUCGAGGAUUCGAGUUGGAUGUCAUGUUCAAAGAAGAGGAUUUCAAGGCCCUUUGGAAUAUCGUGAAGUAUACACAGAAGUCAGAGAACAGUCUCCAUCCAGAAGAAGGGGAGACUGUAGUCUUCGAGAACACACUCAAGGUUUUCCAAUACAUGGAUCCGGGUUCAACAAAGGCCUUCCCUCCAGAACCCACCGAAAGGGCUCGAGUCCGUUUGUUUGAGCGAUCGGUCAUAGUCAGAGAAGGCACCGGUACCCGCAACGCGCAUCGAGGAUUCAGAUUGGCUGUCUUGACUAGUCCGAAGGUCAAGACCUUAAGUAGUAUUCGCCAUACUUUCGGCCUCGGGGCACCAAUAGUUUUCGGUCUUUUACGAGGAGAGGACGGUGCUCCCGCUCUGCUCCUCAAAGUGACCGAGGACGGUCGUACGAGCUCUAUGUUGCUGACCUUCCAUGAGGUGGAGGAGCGUACAAAGAUACACUCUGUAUUGCUUGGCAUGAAACCCCGGGAGGGAGAAGCCAAAUCACCGGAGUUCGCCCUUAGUUCUUAUUGCAUUGAGCAGCCCGAAGAUUCAUUCACUGGCCAACCCCCGGUGAAACAUCUCCAGUUCCCCGCCGGAAGCGUAUCGGUCAUUGAUCAGGAGCAUGCUUGUGCCGAGCAUGGCUAUGGGCCAACGAUUCUAUCGGAGAGUUUAAGGGCUUUUAUUGCUACUGAAUGGGGAUCCGUGACAGAUCGCAUUAACUUAGGACCGGGUGAAUUGAAAAUCGGGUUAGACGUCCAACGCAGCACAAGCAUGAGCCUGUUCCGUCCUGCGCAGCAGGAUAUGACCCUUUCACUUGCGGAUAAUCUUGUUCGCCCUGAAAUGAUAAAGCAAUUGACCACAUUUAUGGAAAAGAUCACAGCGAAGCCUAUGGUCCGUCGACUCGACUUCCCCACCAUACAGGAUCUACAUGCCUUCGAGGCAGCCGUUACCGGCUUCCGGGUGCUCUACGAUGGUAUGGCUACAUCCUUCACAAUUUCCCGCCGGCGCAGUAUGGUCCCUAUCUACAAGAAGUGGGAAGCUUCUCUGGCACGAGUCCAGAUCGUUCGACAAGAAAAGGUCGUCCAGAUGCUCGUUUUCUUCGGGGGCUUCCAGCACGGCACGUGCAUGAACUUCGUUCUCAAGGGAACUGAUAUUAUGGAAUCUUUUGGCCGAUCUGGCAAAUUCGGCAUCCGCAUGGUUGACGCCAAGUUCGCGCUGCCAAAGAAGGAUGAUGACCCGGCCUCCAACUUUGUGUGCCUCGAUAUGCCUGAGUAUCCCAUCGAACAUGACGACCUCACUAUUACGUUCGAAAAUGAAGCUGCACGCGCCAUGUUCAAGGCGGCACUGCCUGGAUCAGUGCGAGAGCCAUCGCGCAUGGGCUCUAUCCGACGAUAA